GCUCUCCCUCACUCACACUCGAGCACAUGCAGACAGAGGGAGAGGGGGGAUGAACGAGGUGCGCACAUGUGAGGCUCUCCUGAACUGCCGGGGCAAGGCAGGACUGGUGAAGAGAGAAGAAGAAGAAGAAGAAGAAGAAGAAGAAGAAGAAGAAGAAGAAGAAGAAGAAGAAGAAGAAUAGGAGAAAUACUGCAGUGACCAGUCAGCUUCUCUCUCUCUCUCUCUCUCUCUCUCUCUCUCUCUCUCUCUCUCACACUGCUUCACUGCUUUCAUCACCCAGUCUUCUUCAUCCCCUUCUCUCCCCCUCUGCCAAUUAUACCAUGAACCUGCCUGCUGCUUGUUGCUAAGGGGGAGCCAGCUGGGGGAGCAGAGAGAGAGUGGACCAGGCAUUAUUUUGUUUCUAAGGACUGGGCGAAAAAAAAUGGCGGAGGGAUCCAAAGACCAGGGAGGCGUGGGCACCACUGAUCCAGAGGAGGACUCCCCCAAUAUGAUCGUCUACAGAAAGAUUGAAGACAUCGUUACACGAAUACAAGAUGAGAAGGCAGGCGGUGUUGCCAUCCGGACUGUCAAAAGCUUCCUCUCCAAGAUCCCCAGUGUGGUAUCGGGGGCAGACAUUGUUCAGUGGCUGAUGAAAAACCUCUCCAUUGAGGAUCCAGCUGAAGCCAUCCACCUUGGGAGUCUUAUCGCCGCCCAUGGCUACAUCUUCCCAAUCUCUGACCAUGUCCUGACACUAAAAGAUGAUGGAACUCUUUAUCGCUUUCAGUCUCCGUACUUCUGGCCUUCUAACUGUUGGGAGCCUGAGAACACAGACUAUGCCAUCUACCUGUGCAAGCGCACCAUGCAGAAUAAGGCCAGGCUUGAGCUUGCCGACUACGAGGCUGAGAACCUCGCCCGGCUGCAGAGGGCUUUCGCCAGGAAGUGGGAAUUUAUCUUCAUGCAGGCUGAGGCGCAAGUCAAGAUCGACAGGAAGAAGGACAAGGCCGAGAGGAAGAUCUUGGACAGCCAGGAGAGAGCAUUCUGGGACGUCCAUCGGCCGGUGCCAGGCUGUGUCAACACCACAGAGAUGGACAUCCGCAAGUGCCGAAGAGAGAAGAACCCACACAGAGUGAAGAAGUCGGUCUACGGGGUACCGGAUGACGGCCAGAGCCAGCCGAGUCCCGUCCACAUCAGCUCCCAGCCGACCAGGAAGACCACCAAAGAGGACGUUCAGAAGGAGAUCACCUUCUUGAACACCCAGCUGGACAGACACUGUAUGAAGGUUUCCAAAGUGGCCGACAGUCUGAUGAGCUACACGGAGCAGUUCAUGGAGUACGACCCCUUUGUGGCCGCUGUAGAACCCUCCAACCCCUGGCUCAGUGAUGACACUGCCUUCUGGGACUUGGAGGCCAGUCGCGACCCCAGCCAGCAGCGGGUGAAGAAAUGGGGCUUCUCUCUUGAGGAGGCACUGAAAGAUCCGGCCGGACGCGACCAGUUCCUGAAGUUCCUGGAGUCCGAGUUCAGCUCAGAGAACCUGCGGUUCUGGUUAGCGGUGCAGGAUCUGAAGCGACGGCCGCUACAGGAGGUGGCCUCCCGGGCGCAGGAGAUCUGGCAGGAGUUUCUGGCCGAGGGAGCGCCGAGCUCCAUCAACCUGGACUCGCACAGCUACGAGCGCACCAGCCAGAACCUCAAAGACCCCGGACGCUACAGCUACGAGGACGCUCAGGAGCACAUAUUCAAGCUAAUGAAAAGUGACAGCUAUGCACGCUUUUUGCGAUCCAACAUCUACCAAGACCUCCUGUUGGCCAGAAAGAAGCCAGCAGACACUGAGCAGGGCCGCCGCACCUCCUUGGAGAAGUUCACCCGCAGUGUGGGCAAGUCUUUGACGGGCAAGCGCCUGACAGGCCUGAUGCAGUCAUCCUGACACAGCCUGUGCUGCAGGGGCACAGCCAGACCCUGUUGGGGGGGUGACCGCCACACAGGGGCCGGGGCGGGGGCACAGACUGUGGAGCUGCUGUGGAGGCUCUCAGACGCCGCUCCGAGGACCGCUGCCGCCGCCGCCACACUGGCGGUGAGGCACUGGGCACACGGGGGUGAACGCCCCAAACAGACGAUGCUGACAAGGGGAACCUCAGCCGACACAACACAUGGCAUGCAGCGUACAGUAUAAGCACAUUCAGACUAGGGCUGCCCUCUUUUUCAUCACUUAGUCGGCAAGCCGGCGGAUGAGGCUCGUUGUCGACUAAGCUGAUUCGUUUAUAUCGUUUUGAUUUUGUUUUAUAUAAAGGUUUCUUGUGUAUUAAAAGCACAUACCUGGUAUUGCAACAAAAUUCUUUGAAAAAAAAAAAAAGAGAUUAAAAUUAAACAUUUCCGUUUGCCACAAUAUUUGCAGUGAAUGAACAAGUGGUUUAGUCGUCUCCUAAAAACAGCCGGGGCCAGUCUCGAUAUAAACAUACCCAGACUGCUGAAUGGUCAGAGAAGCACAUCAACAGACUAUCUAUCAAUCUACAGUUUUGUUUUUGCAGGCAGCCAGCAAUAAAUAAAUUGUGAGACCAUUUUACCCCCCCUUUUUUUAGAAAAAUAUAUCCAACCUCUUUUUUAUCCUUGAAAUUUCUAUCUGUUCCUUAUAAAGUACAUGUCACGACCAUUAAAUAGUGAACGUAAUUCUGGCAGUGUUCAAAAACACAAAGUUGGUUUGUUGUCCCGUAAGUUCACGGAUCCUUGAUGGUAUGGUUUCUCAUGCUUCAUUACAUUCCAAGAUCUGGCAUAAGGGCUUAAUGUAGCAUCCACACUGCGAGCGUCGUCGCAUGUCUCACCCAAAUGUCUUUGUCAAGGAUUACUGUGUGUUUCGACAACAGUGCUUUGUAAACGUGACGUGUGGCGAGGGUGGCUCCAAUCGAUCUCACCCCCCCCCCCCCCCCCCCCGGAUUCACAACUUCCCCCAACUUCAAGGUCAAAUGAUCUAAUGCCUAAAAGUUUGUGUGUGUGUGUGUGUGAAUAACUGAGAAGCUUUGACACAAGCGAUGGCCCACGUGGUUGUGUGAAUCACUGUCAUUUGAGGAUUUACUUUAGUCACAGCCCCACCAUGCAGAGUCAUAUAUGAUAUAGCCUCCAUGUGCUUUAUGGGCUCCUACUGUAUAACUCCUACUCCUACUCUAUAUAGUUUAAAACAAAAUCCAGUGCCAUGGGUCCAUCUAGUGGUGGUUAAACCACAGGACCACACAACAGAGUGUUACAGGACUGUAUCAAGCUGUGUUCACUCCAUAUCGAAGGAUAUCAUGAUGUCAAAUCUAGUCUCAUUUCAAGGCCUGCUGCCCAAUAUGGGAUCACUUAAGUUUUGUUGCUUUUUUUUUUAACUGCAUGAAUAUGUCAUAUGUUUUCUGAAAAAAAUGAAAGAUGUUCACUUUUGUUUGGCAAAGUGUAUGCCAUGACUCUCCAUCUUAAUAAUCGUCAUGUGUUUUGAUGACUGUGGGGAAAAGUGGUGCAUGUUAUUGGACCGUGAAGGAGUGGCUUGACUCUCCAAAGACAGCACGCAGUUGGUGGAAAAAGCCCCCCUGAAGUGGAGCGACACCCCUCAGCGAACAGACAUCAAAGCCCUGAAAUGCAACUGGGGACAAUGUUUGACCCGUCAUGGGUGCCGCACACUGAACAUGAAAGGCCUCUGUGCUCCACCGUGGCUUCACACUUCUUCUGCAGACGGAAAAGUGCCCGGACUGAGGACAUCUUAGCCUCACGGCUCCCCCGUGAGGCCACUGACUGCUACAUUUACAGACCACACUGCUGAACGAGUCAAUCGUCUAUCAUUUUCUAUUAUUAGUCUAUGAGUCGUUGCAAUGCACUGUACAGGUCAUAUUAUUAACCACCAUUAUUAUCAUAAACCAAUAACCUCUUGAUUAUAAGGUAGAGAGAGAGACAGUUAACUCGAGUCGAUGUACCAAAUGUUAUUCUCAGCACAAACACGAUGACACUAUGUACAGGGUGCAUUGUCCUUGUAAAUCGGCUACAUUUCAUUUAUCCAAAAGCACACUUUAUUAUGAUAUGGGCACAUUACUAUGCAUGUAACAUAUUCAGGGCAUUUUGUGCUUUUAGUUUCUCAAUCAGCAAGAUAACUACUGGCACUCCAAAACACUCAAGCACCUGCUAUCUAUCCAUGAGUACCAAAUAAUAAACACUCUGGACCUGUC